CCGCACACGCCACGGGCCGCCGAGGAGAAACGAUAUUCCAGCCUUCCCCGCCCCGGCACACCAUCGCGCCUCUCCGCAUGGCCGCCGCACGCGACCUUGCCGGCAACCAGCCCGGAUCCACCCGCGUCUGCGUCGGGGAAGACGUCGCCUUGUCGGACGUCACAGGCGUCUACGACCGCGACGACUCCCUCAAGGAGAACACCAACCCUAAAUGCAUCAUCGUCAAGAACUGCCCUGGCCACAAGGCCGGCAACGGCGCGGCGCAGCGGUUCCCGGGCAACCUGAAGCCUACGGCGGCGCCCAUCAUCGGGAUCUCCGGAAACCUCGGCCAGGGGUGUGCCCGGCGGCACCGCCCACCUGCGAUGUUCCCAAAGAAUGCCAAGACCGGCGGCGGCGGGCGCAACCCGAAGCCGGCGGUGCCGGAGCAGGGGUCGCCCAAGGUGUCCUGCAUGGGGAAGGUUCUAUCUGGACGAGAGCGCGACCGCUGCCCGGAGCUAUCUGGACGAGAGCGCGACCGCUGCCGGGAGCUGAUCUCCCCGGAGAAGAUGAAGGGCGGCUGCUGCCCCUGGUUCGGUUUCCCGAUCCGUCGCAGCCGCUCGAGGAAGAGGAUGGACGCUUGGCGAGAUCUGGGCCGUUGUAGCGCGUGUAGGGCUGGUGAUGGUGAAUACUACUCGAAAACUUGCAGUAGAUGACAGUCUGGUUCGUGGCUUUCUCUUGGUUGUUGCUAUGCUUUCAGAGUAGGCGUGUAGAUUUGCCAGAAAAAAAAGCGUGUAAGAUGAGGAUUGAGUUUGAGGUACCAUGUAGAUAAUGAAUUAGGACUCAGAGAUAUGUGACCUAGAUUGGCAGAUGAUACAAAUUUCAGCUUCGUCUACUCUAUCCCGGAGAUGUGUGAACAUUCAAUUAU